AUGGAGGGAAUUCAUGUUGUGGAUACGGCUUUCCACUAUUCCGCCUUUUCCAUCAACUCUUUCUUUAUGCAAGCUGGGAAGCUUGGACUAGAUCAUUUUGGAUGGUCGAAGGUGUCGAUUCCUCUGCGCAACGAAACUGCGGAGCGUGACAUACCAGUACAUGAAGAAAUGAAUGGCGGUAAGAAAAGACAGGGGAUUGUAGUGGAUGUCAUCAUUCCUGUUCACAAUGCCGAAAGUACAAUUAAAGAAGCCGUGUGCUCGGCAAUGGAUCAGUGCAUACCCGAAAAUCUGCUGAUGGACAAUUACGAAAUCAGUGUGAAUGUCUGUUGUUACGAUGAUGGCUCGCAAGAUGGUAGUUCCACAAUCUUAAAUUCUCUGAGCGAAAAAUAUUCCAAAGAUGAGACAGCGACAAAUACCAACGAGAAUCGAAUUCCAUCGACUCUCCUGAUUGGGACUAGUUCAGACGGCAAAGGGCGCGGGGCUGGGUAUGCAAGAAACAGAGCAAUUGAAUUGUCUUAUGAGUCUUCCAGAGAUGGCACCCGAUUUCUGUGCCUCUUGGAUAGUGACGACAUCAUGCAUCGCCAUCGAAUUGCAGAACAAACACACUAUAUGAUGAACUCUGUUUCGGAGGACGAAAGGAGUCGCACUUUACUUGGAAGUUCAUUCGAAAGAGACCCUCCUGAUUCGACUUGGCAUUACAGCAAAUGGGCAAAUACACUAUCACAGGAUCGAUUGAUGCUUGAAAGAUUUCGAGAAGUUACAAUCUUACAGCCGACUUGGUUCAUGUGUCGAUCAAGAUGGAAGUUACUCGGUGGCUACAUAGAAGCGCCAUUGUCAGGAACGGCAGCCGACCUGUUGGAGUCUGAAGCUCAAUCCCAGAGGCAUCGCCUCAUUCACAGAAAACACGAUGAUCUGAAGAGCUUACGCCUGGCAGAAGACUUACGCUUCUUCCAUGAGCACCUUGCAAAUCAUGGAAAUCUUCGACGUGUGACCACGGAUACACCACUUGUUACAUACCGACACGAUGGAAAAUCCCAGAGCUAUUGCACCAGUCUAUGGGGAGCCGGACGAGACGGAAAAGAUUUUGUGAAAACACUGCGACCUGAUUUGAGGGAACGGAUCUACUGUUUCGUGGACUUGGAUUCCAAAAAGCUUGAGUCUGCCAUCUACUGGAACCGUGAAUUGAAUCUGAAUAUCCCAGUUGUACAUUAUUCUUAUCUCGCAAAGGAUGCAUCCGUGCGGGAUCGGGCACAAUCGGAAUGGAAAGACGGAUUGGGUAGCAACCGUUUCGUUGGGUGCAUUGACAAAUCAAAUGGUUCCAAUUCACAGAAGAAUUUGGAUUCGGAAGCCUCAUCGCGAAAACUCAAGCGUAGGAGGCUGUUGCAGAUACCAACGUUGGAAUCUUCAGGAUUGUCCGAAUCUAUUCUACAAGAGCUUCCCGUAGUUGUUUGUGUGGCCAUGUACAGAACGAAUGGUGUACUGGAGGCAAAUGUCAAGUCAAUUGGUAGAACUGAAGGGGAAGAUCUAUGGCACUUUAGUUAA